AUGGCCGACGCGCCCAUAGUUCUCGAUGGAGGUACCGGUUUCCUCAAGGUUGGAUAUGCUGCGCAGAACUUCCCCGAGCAUCAAUUUCCAAGUAUAGUGGGACGACCAAUUCUCCGGUCGGAGGAGCAGGGCGAGAGCGAUGUUGUCCUCAAGGAUGUCAUGUGCGGAGAUGAAGCAGCCGCUGCUCGAUCAAUGCUUCAGAUUAGUUAUCCUAUGGAAAACGGUAUCGUCAAGAAAUGGGAUGACAUGCAGCACCUGUGGAACUAUACAUUUUACGAUAAGAUGAAAAUCGACCCUGAAGGCCGCAAGAUUCUCUUGACAGAACCACCUAUGAAUCCUCUGAAGAACCGACAGACUAUGGCUGAGGUCAUGCUGGAGGGCUACAACUUUGGCGGUGUCUACGUUGCGAUUCAGGCAGUGCUGGCUCUAUAUGCUCAAGGUCUUAGCAGCGGUGUUGUUGUCGACUCUGGCGAUGGUGUCACCCACGUUGUCCCCGUUUUCGAAUCGACCGUCCUCAACCACCAUAUCCGUCGAUUGGAUGUUGCCGGGCGAGAUGUCACAAGGAACCUGAUCGCUCUGCUGCUUCGCCGGGGCUAUGCCUUGAACCGAACGGCCGAUUUUGAAACCGUGCGCCAAAUAAAGGAGAAGCUGUGCUAUGUCUCAUAUGACUUGGAACUGGACCAACGGCUGUCCGAAGACACAACAGUGCUCGUUGAGUCGUACACUUUGCCGGACGGACGUGUUAUUAGAGUCGGCAGCGAGCGCUUCGAGGCGCCCGAGUGUCUGUUCCAGCCUCACCUUGUCGAUGUCGAUCAGCCCGGUCUUGCAGAGCUUCUCUUCAACACGAUCCAGGGAACCGACUUGGAUGUGCGCAGCAGUCUGUACAAAGCCAUUGUGCUUAGUGGCGGAAGCUCCAUGUACCCCGGGUUGCCCUCUCGCUUGGAGAAGGAAAUAAAGCAGCUCUGGCUGACAAAGGUGCUCCAUGGAGACCCAGAGCGAUUGAAUAAAUUCAAGGUCCGUAUCGAAGAUCCGCCACGACGGAGACACAUGGUUUUCCUCGGUGGUGCUGUACUGGCCAACCUGAUUGCCGACAAGGAGGACAUGUGGGUAACCAAGGCCGAGUGGGAAGAGCAGGGUAUCCGCGCUCUGGACAAAUUAGGUCCACGAUCGUAG